AUCGCUCCACGAAAAAAGCGAUGAGGCUUAGUGGGGAUUCGGGUCCGGGUCAGGAUGAACCCGGUUCGAGCGGGUUUCACGGCGGAAUCAGACGAUUCCCGUUAGCAGCUCAGCCGGAGAUUAUGAGAGCUGCCGAGAAAGACGAUCAAUACGCUUCUUUCAUCCACGAAGCUUGCCGCGAUGCCUUCCGACACCUUUUCGGUACAAGAAUCGCUCUAGCUUACCAGAAAGAGAUGAAGCUACUUGGACAGAUGCUUUACUAUGUUCUUACGACAGGUUCAGGACAACAAACUUUAGGAGAGGAAUAUUGUGACAUUAUACAGGUUGCAGGACCGUAUGGACUCUCUCCUACACCAGCUAGACGUGCUUUGUUCAUAUUGUACCAGACCGCAGUUCCAUAUAUCGCAGAGAGAAUUAGCACUCGAGCUGCCACGCAAGCAGUCACCUUUGAUGAGUCUGAUGAGUUUUUUGGUGAUAAUCCAGAGAGUGGUAGUCAUAUCCACUCACCAAGAAUGAUAGAUCUUCCAUCUUCAUCUCAAAUUGAAACUUCAGCUUCUGUAGUAUCUAGGUUAAAAGAUAGACUUAAGAGAUUGUGGCACCGAGCUAUUCAGAGAUGGCCUGUGGUUCUUCCUGUUGCCCGUGAAGUCCUACAACUGGUUCUGCGUGCCAAUUUGAUGCUCUUCUACUUUGAAGGUUUUUAUUAUCAUAUAUCGAAACGUGCAUCCGGGGUUCGUUAUGUUUUCAUAGGAAAGCAACUAAAUCAGAGACCUAGAUACCAAAUUCUUGGGGUUUUCCUUCUAGUCCAAUUGUGCAUCCUUGCUGCUGAGGGCUUGCGUCGGAGUAAUUUGUCAUCUAUCACAAGUUCAAUUCAGCAGGCGUCUGUAGGAUCUUAUCAAACUGCAGGAGGGAGAGGGUUACCUGUUUUAAACGAAGAGGGAAAUUUGAUAACUUCAGAAGCUGAGAAGGGAAACUGGUCCACGUCCGAUUCAUCUUCGACUUCGGAGGCUGUAGGGAAAUGCACUCUCUGCUUAAGCACCCGUCAGCACCCAACGGCCACUCCUUGUGGUCAUGUGUUUUGUUGGAACUGCAUUAUGGAAUGGUGCAACGAGAAGCAAGAAUGCCCACUUUGUCGAACACCCAAUACCCAUUCAAGUUUGGUUUGUUUGUAUCAUUCUGAUUUUUAAGCACUAUGGAUCAACAAGAACAGUGCACUGCAGAAAGGCGAAGCAGCUAAGACGAUGAUGAUCUCAAGAAGUUUCUGUUUCCUCUUAGCCCACACAAGCUUCUUAAGUAACACCUUCGGACAGUGCACCUGGAACAAGAAUGGAAUCUGUUUCGGCUUCAGACUUUUUGAGUAAGAUCAUCAAGUUAUGAGAAGACACAGAAUAAAUGUAUUUCAGACUU